CGCAGCCUGCGACACACGCACACUCAUCGAGUAGACAUGGCCAAGCGUUGCGCUGCCUUCGUGGUGCUCUGCGUCGUCGCGCUGGCGCUGCACGCCGCGGCGGCGGCCAGGACAGUGCCCGGCGGCGCCGUUACCGCCUCGCUUCCGGCCGCCAAGAACGGCGGUGCCACGGGCGCGGGCGCGGGCGUAGCGGACAAGAAGAACCUCUUCGUGGGCGUGGGCGGCAUGGGCGACCUCCCGGGCUUCCCGGCCGUCGGAGCCGGGUACGGCGGCGGCUUCGGCAACAACGGCGGGGGCGUCUUCAGCGGCGUCACGGGCCCCCUCGGCGGCGUCGGGGGUGGCAUCGGGGGCGCCGGCCCGCUCGGCGGCGCUGGUGGGUUCGGGCCCCUCGGCGGCGGUGGCACCCCGUUCGGCGGCUUCGGCGGCACCCCGUUCGGCGGCUUCGGCGGAGGUGCCGGUGGCAUCGGCGGCGGGGGUGCUGGUGGAGUCACGCCUUGAGUCGCACGUAUGUGCUGUGGUGUAGGGCGUCGGGUCGUGCACGUACGCGAGCGGGUGCAUGCUCUGGCGUAGACGUGUUAUGGUAUGGUACGUACGUGAGUGGCAUGCAUGCAAUGUGUGUUGAGUUGCUUUUGCUUCUGGUACGCGUGUAGCUGUGUGUGCAGCAUGUUCGUGCGUGUGUGCUGGGCAGAGCCAGGAAGGUUGGAGUCUGUAAAAGUUUAGGGCUCGCUGUUUGUGUUGGAGGCUCGAGUGCUUUUAGUAGUGCACUUCAGUACUUGUGUGUGUGGUGACCAUGUCAAAAAGAGCCGGAGCUAUGAAUGUUUACUCAUGUUCCAGCUGCAUGCAUGCUAGUUAUAAUAUUAUUAUGUGCAUUUGUGCUCAA